AAAAAAAAAAUCUUGUAACACACAUCAUUAGGAAUAACAACAUUGUUUUUAGUCCUUCUUAUCUCCUCGCUCCCAAAUAUCCUGUUUCUUCGAGUUGCUGCAGCCAGAACCAAUAGAAACCUCUUCCUGCUAUUGCCUGACUUCACUUCCCAGUGUUAGCACAAUCUCAUCCGCUCCAAAGAAACGUUUAGUAGAACCUCAACUUGCCCGCUGUCCGCAAAAUAAUACAGAAUUACUUCUGAAUUCAGAACAGGACUCGAUCGAUCAUUCUGAUCGACAAUGGCGAGCACUAUAAAGGAAGCGUUGUCGGUGGUGAGUGAAGACCAGUCAUUAUUUGAGUGUGCCUACGGGACGCCACACCACGCCAAGACAGAGAUGACCGCGUCGUCUGCCAGCGAGUAUGGGCAGGCGGCCAAGAUGAGCCCCCGGGUCCAGCAGCAAGACUGGCUCUCCCAGCCACCUGCACGCGUCACUAUCAAGAUGGAGGUCAACGGCUCCAGAAGCUCCCCGGACGACUGUGGGGCAGGGAAGGGUGGAAAGCCUACUGACGGCGCCCCCAUGACCUACAGCGGCUACAUGGAGGACAAGCACGUCCCCCCCCCUAACAUGACAACCAACGAGCGCCGGGUCAUCGUACCCGCAGACCCCACCUUGUGGACGACAGAGCACGUACGCCAGUGGCUGGAGUGGGCCGUCAAGGAAUACGUCCUCAUGGACGUGGACUUAUCCUUGUUUCAAAACAUUGAUGGCAAGGAGCUCUGCAAGAUGAGUAAGGAGGACUUCCAGCGGCUCACCCCCAGCUACAACGCCGACAUCCUGCUCUCACACCUGCACUACCUCAGAGAGACUCCACUUCCUCACUUGACUUCGGAUGACGUUGACAAAGCGUUACAAAACUCCCCGCGGUUAAUGCAUGCGCGCAACACAGGAGGCGCCAGCUUCAUCUUCCCCAACAGCUCUGCAUAUCCCGACUCCUCGUCUAGAGUGCCCCCCCGUUCAGAUCUAGCAUAUGAAGCGGCAAGACGGUCAGGCUGGACAGCCCAAGCUGUGUCUUCUUCCAAAGGAUCCCAGCUCUCUCCGGCCAUAGUGACCAAAACUGAAGAACCGAGGUCACAGCUGGAUCCGUAUCAAAUUCUGGGGCCGACGAGCAGUCGACUGGCAAACCCGGGGAGCGGCCAGAUUCAGCUGUGGCAGUUCCUCCUGGAGCUGCUGUCCGACAGCUCCAACUCCAACUGCAUCACCUGGGAGGGCACCAACGGCGAAUUCAAGAUGACGGACCCGGACGAGGUGGCGCGGCGCUGGGGCGAGAGGAAGAGCAAGCCCAACAUGAACUACGACAAGCUGAGCCGCGCGCUGCGCUACUACUACGACAAGAACAUCAUGACCAAGGUGCACGGCAAACGCUACGCCUACAAGUUUGACUUCCACGGCAUUGCCCAGGCGCUGCAGCCACACCCGCCCGAGUCCUCCAUGUACAAAUAUCCCUCAGACCUGUCCUACAUGGGCUCCUACCACACUCACCAGCAGAAGAUGAACUUCGUGGCUGCCCCACACCCCCAGGCCCUCCCAGUCACCUCCUCUGGCUUCUUCGCCACGCCCAACCCUUACUGGAAUUCCCCCACAGGGGGCAUCUACCCGAACGCCCGGCACCCGGCCUCACACAUGCCGUCCCACCUGGGCACUUACUAUUAGGGUGGCAGAGUGGAUCCCAGCAGGAGAUACAUCAGGGGCAGGAACAAGCAAACCGGGGGCUUUUGUUUGGGCAAGAAGGGGGCGUAACUCGAGGACAAAAACAAAACUGGAAAUUAAGGGAAGGAAACGAGGCAGAAUUCCAAUUUUAUGAAGCGCAAGGGGAAGAGUAGGUGUUGAACGGGAGCGAGCAAAGGAGGCAGGAAUAUUCUGAAAAGGGAAGAGAAGGAUUAUGGGAUGGAAAAGAAGGCUUGGCCUGAGAAAGAACUGAGCAUGUAACAAGAAUAAAAGAUCGUAUGGGUCAGGUUGGAGUGGAGGCUAGAGACGGGGGAUUAUUGUUCAGUCGUGAAGAGCGAGUUGGAGGGCAGCAUGAGAUUCUGUAUGAGAGGUGGAAUUUACCAUGAGAAAUAAACAGUAGCUGCAUGAACUGUUACUUAAUAUAUAUGUGUUAGAGUAUUAAACUACUUAUUUAAUUAAGAAGACAUAUCGAGGACUCUAGAAACGGAGAGGAAGAGGCAGAGGGCAGAAGGCAGAAAAGAACUGAGGAUAACUGGUGCCUGCAUGGCCAGGAAGAGGGUUAGUGGCCAGGGGGAAGGCUGAGGUGGGGGCGGUGGGUGCGAGCUGUAGCAAACUGUGAAAUGGGCACAAGCGGGAUGUUCCUCGAUAAGGCCGGCGCGAGACUGCCGAGGCAGUGGGGCCCACAGAGGGAGCGCCAGGGGGACGACGGAACAGCGCUGAGACACCAAAGGCGAGGCAUGAUAGCCGGAGACGUCGAAAGGUGAAACAGCCAAAAACAAGAAGUAUUAUCCUUUUAACUGCCAUAGCUAUCAGUAUUAUACUACAUUGUAGUUUUAUGGCAUUACGGGAAGUUAAAGGACGGCUUUGAUUUCUGUUCUUAAAAGGGAAACGCUUUGAAGAUCUCAUAUCUUUGUUUUGCAAUUGGGAAAACUGGAAUUGUCAGGAUGUUUAAAUGUUGUAUUGGACCUCAAGUUCAGGAGGAGGAGUUUUCUUCACCUGUGCCUUGUGUUGCCUUAGAAGCUCCUCAUACUACCAGAGAUUUCAUAAAAAAAAAAUACCAAUUUUAUAUUCUUUAGCAAUUUUGUAUUGAGUCGCGAACGCUGUGCGUUUGUUAGAAUGAAGUAUACGAUUCAGUGUUAUGUUUCUUUUUAUAUAAUAAAUAUAUAACUUAUGCAUUUAUACACUACGAGUUGAUCUCAGCCAGCCAAAGACAUGGAUACUGAAGACACUUAUAUUUCUAGGUAAAUAAUCAUCAAAUAAGACUGUAAAUCAGACCAAAGUCAACAAGCAAACCACCACAGCCUAUGAUACUUUAGUUCUCUAUCUGUUCGUUUACAGUACAAGUAUGUACUUAGAGAAAAACAAAAUAAACUGAUUGUAUGUAUAAGAUCUCUUGGCCUGUCAGGGCAUUUAAUCUUUUCAGGAUUAUUUUACUGUAAGGCUAUCGGCCAGGGAAGACUGAGAUGCUGGUUCAGGUUGGGAAGUUAACACAGGAAACGUGUAAUAUGGUGACUGGUCUGGUUUCUUGUGUCAUUCUAAUAAAGUAUUUUCAGACCAGAA